AUGGCAGAGGCUGAAGUUGUGGUCAAGAAGAGAGGUCGCCCCAAGAAAGUGGUGGCCACGCCGACGGAGGCUCAAGCAGAGGACCAUGGAAUCGUCACCAAGGCGACGCGAGGUAAGGAGUCUUCUUCUCCGUCGUCGUCUUCGUCUCCGUCUUCGUCUUCGUCUUACACAACGUCAGCGACCAAGAAAGUAGCAACGGCCACUUUGCCAACGUCAACGUCAACAUUAGCAGCAACAGCGACAACGACGAAAAGGAAAAAGAUUGCAAAGGAGUCGCAGACGUCAGUGCCUGAGCCAGAGUCGGUAUCUGAAUCAGCACCAGAGGUCAAGACCACGUCGACAAGGAAGAGAGUAUCGAAAACUUCGACUCCCGUGGUCUCUUCAACUUCGACGUCGACUCUGACUGAGACUCCAGUUCAAGCCACCACCGUUGUCGAGUCUCACAAGUCUGAGGUUGACAAUGUCAAAGCUUCAAAGACGUCGACUGUGACCAAGGCGAAAAAGGUGACCUCGGCUUCGUCUCCAUCUGCAACUUCGACUUCGGCUGUUUCGAAGAAUGCAAAAGCCAAGUCUCCUGUACCGGAACCAGAGGCAGUGGUCAGGGGCAAUGUCGGCGUGGGUGUGUUGGUAGAAGCAGGAGAGACGGUCGUUGUGGACCAGCAGCAGCAGCAGCCGCAGAAACAAAACUCCCCAUCACCGUCAUUUCUAGCAAUCUUACAACAAGCUCGAGGCUUCACUGAUCGUUCCAAGGAAUUGCAUUCGAACAUUUUGGAGUUUAUCGAGUCGGUUGAGAUACGAGGGAGUAUCACAUCAACAACGAAAGACCACUCACUGCACGACCAUCAUCAACAACAGCGACCAGCUUCUCCUCCCGAUGACAUCGUCUCGUCACCAUCACCGUCACCGACGCAGAAACAGAAAUCGUCGUCAUCGUCAUCAUCAUCAACACUUCCACGCCACCUUUUCCCUUCCUCGACGUGGCCCAAAUAUACCAUCCCGCAAUCGACCAUGACUGCACUCGCUGCUCGUGGCGUUAGUGGUACGCAUCCUUACUCGUCAGGUCAACGAAAUCAGCCGAGCAUGAAGAAUGUCACUGCAAAUGCCGGUGCAAAUACAGGUGUGGGUGCUGGCACACAAUUACCCCCUCGUCCGCGCCGCCCCGUGGAUCCUAAACCAACACAAAUGCCACUGGACCAACUUAAGAAGGACCCCAAGUUCCGAAAACUUUCAAGCAGGUGGACGAAACUCAUAUUUGCAUUGCCCGUGGCUAUUGUUAGUAGCUAUGCGUUGUGGGAGAAGUAUAAUGAGCAACAAGCGUAUCAAGCUGCUCUGGAGGCCAAGAGGAGUCUACACGGCACUGCGGCCACGGAUCUAGACCCUGUUAAACCUGUACUGACGGGAACGACGAAGUGA